CUCCCUCCCCCUCUGACAAGAUGGCAGCUCCCAGGGGGUGGCGGUUGGUGUGGCAGGGCAGCUGUCGGUUGCUGCACACCGAGCUCUCCGCGGCCCCUCAGCCUCCGUCUCCGCUCUACCCGCCCGUGGUCGCCUCCCACACGGCCAAGAGCAAGUCGGCCAAGCGCCGCCGGCUGGAGUAUUUCUACCAGCAGGUGCACGCGGCGCCCUCCAUCGCGGAGAAGCUGCGGCUCUACGGCCGGCUGCAGCGGCUCAAGUACGUGGUUUACCCGCAGACCUUCUCCCUGAACGCGGACCGCUGGUACCAGAGCUUCACCAAGACCGUCUUCGUGCCGGGGCUGCCCCCCGCGGGAGCGGAGCCGGCGGGACCCGGGGGCCCGGAUCUGAGCGAGCUGCGUUCCCUGGCCUGUGACGCGCUCCUGCAGGAGCAUUUCUACCAGCGCAAGCGAGAGCGACCCUUCGUCUACCGAGAGCAGCAGCACGUCGCGGCCCCCUUCCUCACCCAGCUGGUCUCCUCCCUCACCGCCGCGCUGGGCAGCUGCAACCCGCUGCUCGCCGCCGCCCGCUUAGAUUUAAAACCACAGGUUAACUUCUAUUGGGAGCGCGGUGAGACUGUUGUUUGUCGAGGAUAUCGAACUGGUAGAAUCGAUCCAGUGAGAUUUCAGAUAGAUGACAAACCACAGAUUCAGAUCCGUGUGCCAAAACAGCUUCCAGAGUUUGUACCAUUAGAUUAUUCAGUCCCUGGAGAAGUUCCUGUUGUUAAUCACAAACCAGACAAACUUCCAUUGUUCAAAAGACAGUACGAUAACAAGGUAUUUAUAGGAUCAAAAGUCGCAGAUCCAUGCAGCUAUGGUCAUACGCAAUUUCAUUUGAUUCCUGAUAAACUGAAAAGGGAGCGAUUAUUAAAAGCAAACCUUGCUGAUCAAAUUGAAGUAACUUAUCGAGCUAAUGGUAUUGCAAGUCUCUUUGCUUGGACUGCAGCACAAGCUAUGUAUCAAGGAUUCUGGUGUGAGGCAGAUGUGACCCGUCCCUUUGUAUCGCAGGCUGUGAUCACUGAUGGAAAAUACUUCGCUUUCUUUUGUUAUCAGCUGAAUACCUUAGCACUAACUGUACAAGCUGAUCAAAAUAACCCUCGGAAGAAUAUCUGUUGGGGAACAGAAAGUAAGCCCUUAUAUGAAGCUGUGGAAGGCAAUAACGUAAAAGGUUUUAAUGAUGAAAUUCUACUUCAGUUAGUUCAUUUUCUGCUAAACAGACCAGAACGAUUGUAAAUUAGGCUUCCAAAGGGCUCUGUUUAAAUGCCUGGGCUUCAUCAGAAGUCAAAUGAAAUGUGAUGUGGAAUGGUUCUUCAUGUUUAUUCUCUCACACACACUCUCUCUCUCUCUCUGUCUGACUCAAUAUUACUGUAAAAAAGAUUCUGUAUUCUGUGAUCUCUUGUGGGGAUUAUUCCCAUACACUCACCAAAAUAUGUUGUGCUAUACAUUGAAAAUAAAAUCUAGAAUAAUAUAA